AUUUCUAGUUGUUGGCUGGCCAUGGCUAUGAGAAGGAAUGAGAAAAAGGUAAGGUUAGGAAACGAGAGCGAAAAUGACUGAUUGAGUUGACUAUAGCCUCCAGCUUGAACAACAAAGUGAAAAUUUCUGAAACGAGCUUACCGAGAAUAGUAAACGACUGAGGCGAAGACCAGACAACGACUGUAUUUAUACAAUUGCUACAGUUGGAGCUUAUUCGAUUCGAUUUCAGAAGAUUACACUCACUUUUGAACAUCGCUGUGUGUUUCUAGCAAUAUCUUGUGCGAUUGAUUGCUCUCGUGGCUCUUGGUGUAUGACCCAGCAAGUGGAUGAACAGAAGUUGAUAGAUCGAAAUGGGCAUUUACCUCAGCAAUCCAAAAACUGAGAAGACCUCUGAAGAUGGUGAAAAUAGUCGUCUUAGAUUUGGACUAUCGUCCAUGCAAGGAUGGCGUGCCACAAUGGAAGAUGCUCAUGCUGCAAUUCCUGAUCUGGAUGCUUGCACUUCCUUCUUUGGCGUUUAUGAUGGCCAUGGAGGUAAGGUGGUUGCGAAGUUCUGUGCUAAGUACCUACAUCAGCAAGUGAAGAAAAAUGAAGCUUAUGCAGCUGGAGAUAUAGGAACUUCUGUGCAGAAAGCAUACUUGAGAAUGGAUGAAAUGAUGCGUGGACAAAGAGGAUGGAGAGAAUUAGCUAUUUUGGGUGACAGAUUGAACAAGUUCACUGGCAUGAUAGAGGGGUUAAUCUGGUCACCAAAAAGCAGUGACGCAAAUGACCAGGCUGAUGAUUGGGCUUUUGAGGAGGGUCCGCACUCUGAUUUUUCUGGCCCAACUUCGGGGUGUACAGCUUGUGUUGCAAUUAUUAGAAAUAACAAACUUAUUGUUGCAAAUGCUGGUGAUUCACGUUGCGUGAUAUCAAGGAAGGGCCAGGCUCACAGCCUCUCUAGGGAUCACAAGCCUGAUCUUGAGAUUGAGAGGGAUAGAAUUCUUAAAGCUGGUGGUUUUAUACAUGCUGGACGGGUCAAUGGUAGCUUGAACCUUGCCAGAGCUAUUGGUGAUAUGGAAUUUAAGCAGAAUAAAUUUUUACCUGCUGAAAAGCAAAUUAUCACUGCAAAUCCUGAUGUAACCACUGUUGAGCUUUGCGACGAUGAUGAGUUUAUUGUGAUAGCCUGUGAUGGGAUAUGGGAUUGCAUGUCUAACCAGCAGCUAGUAGAUUUUAUACAUGAACAGCUACAAUCAGAAAGUAAACUCUCUGUGGUUGUAGAGAGAGUACUCGAUAAUUGUUUGGCACCUUCCACAGCUGGUGGCGAGGGAUGUGAUAACAUGACCAUGAUUUUGGUGCAGCUUAAGAAAGAUAUCCAAUCAAACUCCUCUGUCGACGAGCAAACUUCACCCGCUACCGCUACCGCUACCGCUACCGCUACCGCCACCACCAAACCAGAUAGUACCAAAUCGAAGGAAGGAGAUGAAUCGAACUAGUGACUUCGACCUCUCACAUAUGGUAUCUUCUGUUGUGCCUUCUUUCUUCUUUAUGAGGGAAGUACACAAACCUCUGCCCCUUUUUGCUGGAAAUAUGGAUUGUGGGAUCUGUAACCAUAGAUGUCUUAGUUGAGAUUCAAUAGAUCGGAUAUACCAACACAUUUCUUCUUCGCCUCUCUUAGUGCUUUUCUUUUUAGCUCUGUGUACAAUUACAUGAACUGCUUUAAAUCUGUACAACCCCCUCUGUUUCUGUAUUAUGUAUAUUCUGUUUUUAAAUAGCUAUAAACUCCAAAAUAUAUUAGAAUUGGUGAUCUGCAUCAUAGUAUUGCUUAUGAAUAUCUUGUUCUUUGAUA